AAGGAAAGAAUAGCAUUGCGUAUUGAGCACAUUCUUUGAUGACGUCACGCGUAGUUACUGCCAAGCCAAACCGAGAAGCGUGAAAAAUUUGACAUGGGUCUACUCUCGUUGCUACGAAAGUUGAGGUCACAUCCUGACCUUGAACUACGAAUUCUUUUACUAGGCCUUGACAAUUCUGGAAAAACCACCCUGCUCAAGGUUUUAGCGUCAGAAGAUAUCACUCACAUCACGCCCACACAGGGUUUCAACAUCAAGUCGGUGCAAUCCAAAGGCUUCAAGCUCAACGUGUGGGACAUCGGGGGGCAGAGGAGGAUCCGACCCUAUUGGAAAAACUACUUUGAGAACACUGACCUUUUGAUCUACGUCAUUGACAGCUCCGACAGGAAGAGGUUUGAGGAGACAGGGGAG